AGAAAUGUUCACAUUCAUUCAUUUACAUUACAUUAACAGAGAGAAAUUAAUGAAAUGUGAAUUUAAGAUAUAAAUAAAAAAAGAGUAAAAAUUCAGAAAGCAAAAAUAAAGAAAUAAUUGCAAAAUAUAAUUGAUUGGUGUCCUCAUCUCUGUAUUUGGCUGCAAUGGCAUUUCAAUGAAGAAGAAAAGAAAAAUUGUUCUGUGCCUGUGUUGUGUGUAUCAAAAAAAAGUUAAGUAAAGCAGAAAUUUUUAAUAGAAAAUAUAACGAAAUUAUGCCCCCAUCUUUCCAUGGGGCUUAGUAUUUGUGUUUGAGUUUAUUGUUUUUAUUGUGUGACAAGAAGAUUGUGGUUAAUAACUCUUCUAAACAACAAAAAACGAGAGUUUUUCUUUCUUUUAAUGUCUAUGACGAAAAUAAAUUACCAACAACAACAAGCAUAAUAGUAUCAACAAAGUAAAGUGAUCGAUUAGUGCUCCGACCCCCUUUCACACCAAAAUAAUAAACAAUACAAUGGUCUUCUUCUGUUUAAAAGAAAGGAAAUAAGGAAAAAAUUUCUCAAGUGGUGGAUUGAUUACCAAAUAAAAAAAAAUUGCGUGCGACGACUGCCUGGCCUCCCACAAGCAGGGAAAUAAAAAAGAGGCAGGCAACAACAAAAAUUCCAAAUUAAAUAAAACCAGAAAAUAAAAAAAUUGAGAUUAGAUAUUCGGAAAGAAAAAAAUCAUAAAUACUUAUUGUGGAAAAAAUUAUCUUUGUAUUGUGACCAAAGUUAAAAAAGAAAAUAAAGAAAUCCAUUGUUCCGCUGAGGUUCCUCAUUUCAACUACAACAAUACCAACAAUAUAUUUUUUUGUGAUUCCCAUCAUCUUGCUCCGGGUUCUAUAUCGUCAUCUUUAUUAACUUUCUGUCAUUUGGCGGGCGGCGGAAAUAGAAAACAAUCAAAACAAAAACAAAUCAAAUCUAUUACACCAGCUGCACAGUGGCAUCGUGUGCUUAAGCCGAGGAAUUUCAUUGGAUUAUCGUAACGACGAACAGCUGUUUUGUUGUUUGUGUUUUUCCCAUCGUGUGAGUUUAUGCGGCUGCUUUUCGUCUAACAGAUGACAGUUUAUGGGCCAACAUUGUUACCACAAUCGUCGUCACCGCCACCAAAACUUCUGCAUACUAUAUGACAACGACGACAUCAGUGCACGAUCAUAAGAACAACUGACCAAUUAAUACCCUCAAUCAAAAUCCCAACAACAAAGACACAAAACAACAACUUCAUAAGCAACAGCAAGAAAAAUUAUUAUUAUUAAUCAUCGCGAGACAUGAAGAAUGAUGAUGAUGCAAAUGACCCAAAAUCUCCUGCGAAGCAGCAGCAAGAAGAGCAUCGACAGAUCAAGAGCUCACCUUCUCUUCUGACAACACCAACUACAACAAAGGCAACGGAGUCUGGUCAGCGGCGGGUGUCAUCACCAUCUGCACCCAUUCAUAAGCUGCGUCCGGUCAAUGUACCGCCGGACUCCUCGCGCUAUAAUGCUCCAACGAUCAGUGCCCUGGUUAGGGGACUGCAUCAGACGGGCACCAGUGACAUACAUACCCUGCAUUUGCCUUUGUUUCACACCGACGACGAGGAGGAGGACGAGGAAGACGUGACGUUGGAACGGGAUAAAGCUGACAAAUCUCAGCUCAGCGAAGAAACAAAGGUUAUUACCCAUCGAUCUUCGUUGCUAAAUUUCCAUCUACACCACUUGCAUUCACCGUUGUCGAAACAUCAUCCCGUAUCGGAAGUAUCGCCGCACUCAUCCCUGCCGCGUCUCAUCGUUCAAAUUGAUCCUGCCAUCGACAACAACAACUGUGACAACGGUCAGAAGCUACACGAUUCGGAUAUACCCACAAGUCCUGGACGGCGUUUCAGUCAAUUCAAUUUCCAUUUGAGAAGAUUUUCACACGCCCAUAAUGCCACGAACCUCAAUCGCUUUGGAGAUUCUAUGGGUUCGUUGGGACAUAGAGCACUUCUGCAAUAUGUGGACGCCAAUGAUAUAUCCGGUUUGCGUUCCAUCUUAGAUAGCCGUCAUCUAACGGUCGAUGAUCGCGAUGAAAAUGGUGCCACACUGUUGAUGAUUGUAUCGACGCGGGGUCUAACGGCAUUUGUGCGGGAGCUUUUGGCUCGAGGUGCUGAUGUUCAGGCCGAAGACAAUGAUAACUGGACAGCGCUGUUGUGUGCCUCAAAGGCAGGACAUUUUGAGAUAGCCCAGCUGUUGUUGGAUCAUGGAGCCGAUUUGGAACAUCGAGAAAUGGGCGGUUGGACGUCACUGAUGUGGGCAGCCUAUCGUGGCCACACGGAACUGGUGCGCUUCUACUUGGAAAAGGGUGCCGAUGUCAAUGUCCAUGGUAACUACCAUUUGGGCCCUCUACUGUGGGCCGCUGGUCGUGGUUUCAAGGACAUCGUUGAAAUGCUGGUGACACGUGGCGCCAAGGUAAAUGUGGGCGAUAAAUAUGGCACCACUGCCCUGGUGUGGGCCUGUCGCAAAGGCAAUGUAGAAAUUGUCGAUACUCUGCUGAAAGCCGGUGCUAAUGUCGAUACAGCUGGUAUGUAUUCAUGGACACCCCUGCUGGUGGCCGCCUCAGGUGGCCACACGGACUGUGUAACCUCCGUUUUGGAAAAGAAACCCAAUGUCAAUGCCUUGGAUAAGGAUGGCAUGACCGCCCUGGCCAUUGCCGCCAGAGAAGGUUACCAGGAUAUUGCAGCGGCUCUAAUUGCCGCCGGGGCCUAUAUUAACAUACAAGAUCGUGCUGGUGACACACCCCUCAUACAUGCCGUCAAGGGCGGCCAUCGCAGUGUGGUCGAGUCUUUGCUGAAAAAACAUGCCGAUGUCGAUAUCCAGGGUAAGGAUCGCAAAACCGCCAUUUACACCGCGGUGGAAAAGGGUCACAAUCAAAUUGUCAAAAUCCUCUUGCACACAAAUCCUGAUCUGGAAGCUGCGACCAAAGAUGGCGAUACGGCCCUGCUGAGGGCUGUGCGCAAUCGCAACUUGGAAAUAGUACAAAUGUUAUUAGAUCGUAAGGCGAAAGUGGGUGCUAGCGAUAAGCGUGGUGAUACCUGUCUGCACAUAGCAAUGCGUGCCCGUUCCAAGGCCAUUGUGGAGGCAUUGCUAAGGAACCCCAAGAACAGUCAGUUGCUGUACCGGGCCAACAAGUCUGGAGAGACGCCCUACGCCAUUGAUACCGCCCAUCAGAAGACAAUAUUGGGUCAGGUGUUCGGUUCCAGGCGUUUGAAUACCAACGAAGACUCGGAGGGCAUGUUGGGAUAUGAAUUGUACUCCUCGGCCUUGGCUGAUGUGUUAAGCGAGCCGACGUUGACAACACCUAUUACUGUGGGUCUCUAUGCCAAAUGGGGUAGCGGAAAAUCGUUCCUACUCACCAAACUUAGAGAAGAAAUGACAAAUUUUGCCCGCCAAUGGGCGGAACCUCCGAUACGAACAGCUGGUCUGCUAUUCCUAGUGUGUUUCCAUUUAGCCCUUAUACUCGGCACAAUUGUGGGCUUGUGCACCUGGUCCUUUACCUGGGGUCCUGUGGCCGGUGUCUGCUUCCUGGCCUUCACAUAUAUCCUGCUUGCCAUUAUACGCUACUGUAACUACCAAAUGGACAUGUACUGGGCCUAUUCCAUUGAUCAUGGAAUACAGAAACGUAUUGGACGUCUAAGACUGAUCUUUCAAGUGGCCUUCUGUCAUCCACCCGGUGCCCAGGCGGAUAGCCAGGCAAAACCGGUGCGUUUUCAUUUUGCCGAGGCCAGCAGUGCUUCGCCCACGGGCGAAGGAGCUGUGGCCCAUAUGUUGGCCUCUUUGUUCGAGGCCAUCGAGCAACACUACGGCUGGCUAUCAACCCGCUUAUAUAGAGCUUUUCGUCCCAAACCCCUGAAAGUUACAUCUGGUUGGCGCUGGCGUCGUAUGUGCUGUCUGCCCAUUGUGGUAAUCUUUGAAUUGGGUCUGCUAACCCUGAUAGCAGGUGUCUCCCUGGUUGUGGCCUACUUUGCCCAUGGUACCAGUGUGGAUAGUGACAAUGUUCUCAUGUCAAUUUAUGUCAUCUGUGCCAUUCUUAUUACCAUCAUCUGUACAAAUCUUCAUGUGUUAGCCAAGGCAUUUGGAGCCCUCUUCACCUCACAGGGACGUCAUCUGAAACGUACAAUACGUUCAAGUGAAGGAGCUCCCCUCACCGCCUUGGGUGCAGAGGUGGCGCUGAUGACAGAUAUGAUAAAAUGCCUGGAUGCUUUUACCAAUCAACAAAGUCGCCUGGUGGGUGUUGUGGAUGCCUUAGAUUCCUGUGAUACCGAGAGAAUCCUGUCCGUUCUGAAUGCCAUACAAACCCUGCUGUCUUCGCCGAAUCGUCCAUUUGUCAUGCUAAUUGCUGUGGAUCCCCAUGUAAUUGCCAAGGCGGCAGAGGCUAAUAGUCGGCGUCUUUUUACCGAGGGUGGUAUUGGUGGUCAUGAUUUCCUAAGGAAUUUGGUUCAUCUUCCUGUGUAUUUGCAAAAUUCCGGUCUACGUAAAGUCCAAAGGGCUCAAAUGACAGCGUUGCUGUUUAAACGCAACUAUGGCGAAUUACAAUCGGAUGAUGCUCCGACAUUGGGUCACUCCGUGUCGGCUAGACGUCUCUCGAAUGCCUCGGAAAUUAUGUCGAGUCAAGAGAAAUUGCGUGGUCCCUUGGGAGGUGGACGUGGUGCAGCGUCGGGUAAAAAGUCCCUGCGCCUGUCCGAAUCUGUGGCCAGUUCAAUUGGUUCGAAUUUACAUCGUUUGGGUCAGAAUCCUCAAGGUGUCUUGGAUAUGUCGAGGAUCAUGUUGACCGAUGACUACUUUAGUGAUGUCAAUCCACGAAGUAUGAGACGCCUGAUGAAUGUCAUCUAUAUCACAGUCCGUUUACUAAAGGCAUUCCAAAUUGACUUUAGCUGGUAUCGUCUAAGUUCUUGGAUUAAUCUAACCGAACAAUGGCCGCUAAGAGCCAGUAUGAUUGUACUGCAUCAUGACCAGUUUAUGGAAUCAUUUGAUGACAGUGUUCCUCUGCAAGCGGUCUAUGAGAAGGUCCGCCCGAAAUUGGCUUGUUUACGCGAAGCCGCUCCCCUCUUGGAAUUGGACCGGGAUGAACGCAAAUUAGACGCCUUCCUGCAGUUGCAUAAAUCCGAUUUAUUGGUUGCCGAUUUACGUAUCUUCCUUCCCUUUACCAUUAAUUUAGAUCCCUAUCUAAGAAAGGUGCUUAAGGAGGAUCAACAAUCCAUUGAAGAUGAAGGCUCAGUGGUCUUACAAAAUCGUCCUAGUGUUCAACAUCCACCACGUAUGCCACCCACACCAACCACAUAUAUGCCUUCACCAAUGGGACCAUACCCGCCAUAUCAGCUGCUGCAAAAUGAAUAUUCAGCAGUGCAGGAAUUGCGUCAACGAAAUUUCAGUUCCGGCAGUGAACCACCCAUGACACCGCUAUUGAAUUCGCCAGUCGAAUCGUUUGGGGAUGAUAUUUUACAAACGAAACUCUCCGACCUAACCGUUGAGGGUGUUAUUAGUUUAAUAGAACGUGUUGAAGAUUUGAAACCUGCUUUAGCGAAAUUAUCACCCAUCCUACGGGAGAAUGCCAUUAAUGGACGUGUGCUGAAAUAUUGUGAACUUAACGAUUUGAAAAAGGAACUCAAUCUAAGUUUUGGACACUGGGAACUAUUCCGUUUACUGAUCACCACGAUGCGUGACUGUGAGAAGAUGCAGCGUAAAUUUAAAACUACUCCCGCAUUAACGGAAAUUGCCGCCAAUCCUGCACCAAUAUCAAAAGACACACACGAUUCUCAUGCGAUGGUGGUGGUGCCGACUCAACCCCAUUCAAGGAAAAAUUCCACGACAUCACAUAUGGAGAAACAGUCUAAAGUCCAUGAAUACGAUUAUCUACAGGUCACUCUCGAGGAGCAAAUGAUUUGCGGUGCUUUACAGACAUUGAAUGAAGACGCCUUUGAAGAUGUGGCCAGCAGUGAAAGACCAAGUCCAUCGGGCAUGCCAACAGGUGAGAUGAUUGCUGCAGCCGCACAACUGCAUUUAGCACCCAUUCGAGAAUCAUCGGAAUUCGGUUCGCCAUCCGAUGAACAAAAAUUGAAUAACAAUUUAAUACCAUACAACAACAACAAUUUUAAUAAUAACAAUUACAAUCCGAACAAUACGAAUACGCCCACCAAUACACAACAACAACAACAACAACAAGCAAUGCAGCAACAGCAACAAUAUCAUAAUCCUCAUCAACAAAUGCAACAGCACAAACUGACAACUGGCGACUACAAUCGCAGUGCCAGUUCACAUUCAUUACAUAGCUUGUCGGGUGGCAUGCAAAUACUGGGUAAUGGUAUCAUAAGCAAUGCAAGUAGUGGAUCAGGUGGUGGUCUAGGUUCAAUUGGUGGUGGUGGUGGUAACAAUCUAAUUUUGAGUUCCAACAAUCUUGCCAGUCGCCAUCCUUCGGUUAGUGAUGAUGUACUCGUUGGGGGCUCCCUGACCCCACAAUUACGCUCACCCUCAAUUACGAGUGGCAUACCCACUGUUGUCGUUAUACCCAAUGAAAAUGGUGGCGACAGUGUCACUCAUCAUUUAGUCGAUGAUACCAAAUUAUAGAAUUUAAAUUGGCUGGGCAAGGGUUGGUUUCAGUUAUGAUAAAGAACUUCAAAAUAUUGUGUUUUUUGUACUCCAUAUUUUGAUUUACGCAGAAAUGUAAAUAUCCUUUGAUAAUAUACAAACAUAUCUUAUACAGAAAAAGUCAAAUAAGAAGAAGAAGCCGAUAUAAUAUCAAAACUAUUUUUAUUAAAGCAAUUCAAGAAAACCAAAAAAAAUAAAAAAAAAAACAAAAAAUAUUUGUAGGUGAAAAAAUGCAAUUAUAAAAUUAAACGACUAUAAUAGCCAUUAAUGAAAGAGAUAUAAGUAAUUUAUCGAAAGUCUUAACUCAAUACUGGGCGAUUUUAUUUACACUACUAUACAAUGCUAUAUUUUCAAAUAAUCUUAAUACAUACAAAUUGUAAUGUAAAAUAGUUAUAAAGUAGUAAAUUUGAAUAGCCGAACAAAUACAGGUACAACAGAUAUGUAUUAAAAUUCUAGAGUAACAAUUACCACAAUUUCAAUUUUGGUUCAAAGGAAUGAAAAUCAAUUUUUGAUUGUCGUUGUUAUUUCUUCAAAAUUCCUCAAAUGUUAAAAGUACACAUUGUUGUAAAUAUAUAAUAUACUUCUAUUCGAAGAAUUUUUUAUAAUUUUUCGCUUUUAAAAAUUUUUUCCUAACCAACUUAUCCAUGAGAGCCAUUGAAAAGCAGAAUGUUGAUUUUUUUAUUACCUUCCCCUUACCUAGGGAUAGUAAAUACAUGAAGCCACUAUAUUCUCUUUUACUGGGUGAUGCUAGAAUCUUGGAUUAUUAAAUUGUUGAAUUUAUGAUAUAAUGAAAUUUCAAACUCACUGCUAUUAUUUGCCAACAUAAUGACACCAAUCGAACUGUCGAUGCCAAAUGCAAGUAACCGACUAAACUAUUAAACAAGUGGAACAUAUUUGUGUGGGCUUUAAGAAACGAAAGAAAUCAUUAGGUAUCUACAAGAACGGGAAUGAAAGUCAAGCGGUCGACUAUUUGACUCCCUACAAAACAAUGUCUUUGGAACUGCACGGUUAGACCCAAGAUGGUUUUUUUCAAGAAAUUGGUGAAACAAAAAAUUCUUGCUUCAGGGCCUGAAUGCUAUGGACUCAAAUGGUGUUAAUUAGAUCCUCAUUUUAAAGAUACUACAUUUUUUUUAAACCUUUGCAUAAGUCUUGCCUUAGAAACGGAACGUUUUUAAUUUUUGUAGCUUUUUUCAUCAACUAAUUUUUAAGGAUUUUUCAUUUUUAUAUCCUCCACUGUAGAAUGGAGGGUAUAUUAAGUUUGUCAUUUCGUUUAUAAAACCUCGAAAUAUACAUUUUUAGACCCCACAAAUCAUAUACAGGGUGAAAUAAAAAAACUGCAACAAAGUCAAACGCCAUAAUAUUUAAUUUUUUAAACUUUUUUUGAAUGAAAGCAAAAAAUUUCGAAACAGCAUCAAAUUUUAGAUCAAGUUUAGAUUUGUUCGAAUUGGUCACCUUCGGGAGAAAUUAUGCCCUUCAAACUACCAAUGAAACCUAAUGUUGCUCUACGAUAUUUUGGCCCGUUCCUGGCGAACGCACAUUUUUUUCACGGGUUUGUCUAAAAAUUGGUAUUUUUUAGUAAUAAUGGGUUCUAGCUCCGGUGGCGAAACAUUGCAUGUAUAGGUCCACGAUUUGGUAUAGCCCUCAUACAACGGUACCUCCGAUAUUAGGUAUUUUGAUGGUUUUUUGUCACAUUUUUUCACUGAUUUGUCUAAAAAUUGGUAUUUAUGGGUCCCAAUGGGUUCUAGGUCCUUUGGCGAAACAUUACAUGUAUGGUCCACGAUUUGGUAUAGCCCCAUAUAGCGGUAUCUGCCGAUAUUCGGUAUUUUGAUAAUUUUUUGCACAUUUUCCUAUGAAUGUGUCUAAAAAUUGGUAUGUAUUUGUGGAUCAUAAUGGGUUAUAAUGUUUCCUUUACCCUAAGAUGGAGGGUAUUAAAAGUUCGUCCUGGCUACUACGCUUUUCACCGUAUUUUUUUUCAAAUUUGGAAUUUCGCAGUAGGUACUGCUUUCUAUGCAGAUCCACGUCUUCGUAUAUCCACCUUUUAUCUCAAACAUGUUAUUUAGAGUUUGUGAUAGCAAAACAUGAAUUUCGGAAUUUUUAAAAUUUCAGUAGCAUUUUUCAAUGGACUUUGUAGCACUUUAAGAAAUUUUACCUAAAACAUACUAGAUUUUGGGCCCUGGGAAUUUCGUAAAAAAAUAUUCUUGAAAAAAUUCCAGAAAUCUAAGAAUGCAAAAAAAUGUUUGGACAUAGAAAAAAGUUUGAAAUGUUGGUAGAAAAACAAAACAAAAUAUAUAAAACAAAAUUUACGCUUUCAAAAAAUAAAGGGUCGUAAAAAUUAAAUUUCUAGCUGUUAAGUAGGUUUGGAAAAUGCUUUUAAAAAAAUCUACGGUUUAAAAACAUGUUGUUGAAAAUGCAAUCAGAUAUCAGAUACCUUCGAAGGUAUUGCAUUUUUGGAGAAACAAGCGUUUGAGCGUUUUGUGUCUCUAGAAAUUUGAAAUCUUAACAAUUUUAAAAGACACUUUUUUUGAGUUAAAAAAAAAUAUACAUUUUUGUCUUGGAAGAGUUUAGUUCCGAAUGAAUAGGUUGGAUUAAUUUUAAAUAAAAUCUUAAGCCUCAGUUCAAUUACCAUUCAAUAUACAGUGGGAAUUUAUUAAUCAAUUUAGUUAAUUUAUUAUAUCACACCUGCAAACACAUGCCAAAAUAAAAUUCAAUACAUCUCCAAAUGUCAUUUGUCAUAAUUACACAAUUUAUCCCCCCGAAACAUGUAUUUGAAAAAGACAAAAAAAAAAACGUUCAAUUUGUUUCUUUUAGUUUAGGCGCCAAACAAGUUUUUGUGAAUUUCUCCACACAUUGUUUUAAGAAUUACUUUGUUGUUUUUUGUCGCUUAAGGCUUUUAUUAUUGCACUGUAUUUCAUAAGAUGUUUUAAUGUUGUUCAUAUGGCUUUGAAAUAUGUUUUUCUAUUACACAACACACACACACAUAUACACACACAAUUAAAAAAAUCAAAUACUUUUCUGUUCCUUUCCACAAAAAAAAAAUAAACCAAAAC